AUGGCCAGCAACAACUCUAAUAGAGCUGCCAAUCCGGCUCUGGCUGAAGAAGUCAUCGAGUCAAUCACACAAUCGUUUCUCAGCGAUCCCCCCAGUAUGGCCUUCCUAUUUGAGAUCAGAAACUGGGAGCUGGCCAGACUGGUCUUCCGUCUACAGCGGGAUGAUAUAGAUGCACUUGCCGCCGACAACCCCGAACUCGAAUAUGCUCUCAACCUGCAACUCCAAGAAUUGAGUAUCGCCGAGACUCUAAUCGCCGACGAGAGCUUCGCCAUCAGAGCCGUGAUACAAUAUGAGGAAGAGUACAGGCUCGCCGUGAGCAUAGCUCAAAAUCAUCUUGAAGCAGAGGCCGCACUCUUGACUUGCACGGGCUGUGAGUCAAGAUUUACAAGGCAUCAAAGCUACAAAGCUCCUUGCAACCACUUCUACUGUAUGGAGUGUCUCGCAAACUUCUUCGAGUACACGAUCAAUGACGAGUCACUGUACCCACCCAAAUGCUGUGGUCAGGAGAUUCCGUUCGAAGGCAUGAAGACUUUACUCGACAAUAAGCUUAUCACGAGAUAUGCAAAGAAGCAGGUCGAGUACGAUACCGAGGCCACAAAGAGGACUUAUUGCAGUGUAUCUACCUGUAAAGGAUUCGUACCUGCCUCCAAUACCAUCAACGAAGUAGCGACCUGCCCCACUUGCGGCAAACGCACAUGCACGAUUUGUAAAGCAGCUGCGCAUCGAGGCGACUGUCCCAGAGAUGAGGACACACAGAGCUUACUCUCGCUAGCUAAGACGGAGGGUUGGCAGCGCUGCUACAACACAAAGUGUCACCGUGUGGUUGCGCUCACGACUGGAUGCAAUCACAUAACGUGCGUUUGUGGAGCUCAAUUCUGCUAUGUCUGCGGUGCUCGUUGGAGGACUUGUGACUGCCCUCGAUGGAAUGAAUCAUGGCUUGUCGAUGGAGGCGACAGACCUCGUCAUGCUGGACAUAGACUCUUCCAGCCGCCUCAAGACUGA